AUGACAACGGUUAUCGAUUUAAACCGACCCUAUUCACCAUGCGAACUCAAACGAAUCAGGGCAAUAGAAUUUGGACUUCUGGACCCGGAACUGGUAAAAAGAAUGUCAGUAUGUGAAAUAACACUAACUGAAUUGUACCGUGAAGGAAUUCCACAAACAGGAGGCCUUAACGACCUCAGGAUGGGAACAACGGACCCUCGUCACAUAUGUUUGACCUGUUCCAUGGAUUUAAAGUACUGCCCAGGCCAUUUUGGACAUAUAGUUUUAGCAAAACCCAUGUACCACUACGGGUUUAUGAUGACUGUGUUAAAAAUCCUCCGUUGCGUGUGUUUUAACUGUAGCAAAUUCCUGCUAAACAAGGAAGACCCAAGAGUACAGCUCAUAUUGAAGUCACCUUCAAGUUCUUUCAGACUUAAUCACCUCUCAGAGCUCUGCUCAGCCUCCAGAACGUGCAGAAUCGAUACGCAAAGCAACUCAAAGAUCGAAGGUUGCGGGUACCCCCAACCGAGCUACACAAAGGAGGGCCCUAACCUGAUGAUCCAGUUUUCCCAGAAACAAAGAGAACUUUUGGAGGAAGCAGACGAGCAGUGCAAUGAUAUUAAACGCCCUUUGACACCGGAAGAGGCCUUUAAGGUUUUAAGAGGAAUCACGCUGGAGGACAUGAAGUGCCUGGGAUUCGUGCCGGAACGCUCCCAACCAUGUUGGCUGAUACUACAGGUGCUUCCAGUGCCGCCACCAGCAGUUCGACCAUACGUACAGUACGGAAGCGAUCGCAGUGAGGACGACCUUACACUGAAAUUGUUAGACGUCUUAAAGACAAAUAAUUUAAUUAAGAGACAUGAUAAAAGGGCCACAGCGCCACAUAUAAUACAGGAGAUGUGUCAGCUUCUCCAAUUCCACAUCACAACUCUAUUCGAUAACGAUAUACCCGGAAUGCCAAUAGCCUCAACUAGGUCUAAAAAACCAAUAAAAUCAAUCAGAGCACGAUUAAAGGGCAAGGAGGGAAGAUUGAGAGGGAAUUUGAUGGGUAAAAGGGUUGAUUUUUCAGCCCGUACAGUUAUAACAGGUGACCCAAAUAUCCCAAUUGACACCAUUGGAGUGCCGAAAAGUAUCGCAAUGACACUUACCUUUUGUGAAACAGUAAACUCACUAAACUACGAAAGCUUGAGGAAAAAGGUGGAAACUGGCCCACACGACUGGCCAGGAGCAAAGUAUAUAAUCAGAGAUGACGGAACGAGAUUUGAUCUUCGCCACGUAAAGAAGAGUAGUGAACUACAGCUAGAGUAUGGAUAUAAGGUGGAACGUCACAUGCAGGACGGGGAUUAUAUACUAUUUAAUCGACAACCGUCGCUCCAUAAGAUGAGUAUUAUGGGUCACAGAGCGAAGAUUCUGCCAUAUUCAACAUUCAGACUAAACCUGAGUGUUACCACGCCGUACAACGCAGAUUUUGACGGGGAUGAGAUGAAUCUGCACCUGGUUCAGACACACGAAACGAGAGCGGAAGUGAAGCACCUGAUGCUGGUCCCGAAGCAGAUCGUUUCCCCGCAAGGAAACAGACCAGUUAUGGGAAUUGUACAGGACUCGCUGCUAGCUGUUUCAAAGUUCACAAAGAGAGAUACAUUCUUGACAAGAGACGAGCUAAUGUCGCUGCUAAUUUGGAUCCCGUACUGGGACGGAAAGUUGCCCCAGCCAGCAAUUUUCUUCCCGAAAAACCUCUGGACAGGAAAGCAGGUGAUUUCAGUGCUUUUAACAUUCAACCAGUCGCAAGGAAUAACAAACAUAAACUUGAUAAGAGAUGGAACAAUAAAGUUGGAUAAGGAUAACCUAAACUGCAGUAUUAAUGACUCAAGAGUAAUAAUAAGAAAGAAUGAACAUUUAAGCGGAAUAAUCUGUAAAAAAACAGUAGGAUGUAGUUCUGGUUCACUGAUUCACAUUUUAUGGCAUGAAGCGGGGCCUGAAAAAUGCCGUGACUUCCUAACAACACUACAAAAGGUUGUUAACAACUGGUUCCUACAAAUAGGUUUCACGGUUUCCUGUAGUGACAUUUACUGUUCAGAGUCUACUCUGAACAAAGUGUACAGGAUUUUGGAUAAGAGUAAGAAGGAGGUUCAGAAGUUGGUAUUGCAAGCACAGAAAGGGAAAUUAAAGUGCCAACCGGGUAAAUCGCUGUUUGAAUCAUUUGAAGCUCGAGUGAAUAAGGAGUUAAAUGACGCCCGUGAGCAGUCUGGUAGUGUAGUGGCCUCGUCACUCAACCUCACAAACAACAUCCUCUCGAUGGUAAAUUCAGGCUCAAAGGGAAGUACAAUUAACAUAUCACAAAUCAUAGCAUGUGUGGGACAGCAAAAUGUAGAGGGAAAGAGAAUACCAUUUGGUUUCAGGGACAGAAGCCUCCCUCACUUCAUAAAGCACGAUUACGGCCCAGAGAGUAGAGGGUUCGUAUCGAAUUCUUACCUGAGCGGCUUAACCCCCCAAGAAAUGUUCUUCCAUGCAAUGGGAGGGCGAGAAGGGAUCAUAGAUACAGCCUGCAAAACGAGUGAGACAGGAUAUGUGCAGAGAAGAUUGAUUAAGGCAAUGGAGGAUGUUAUGGUCCAGUACGACCGAACUGCAAGGAACGGAAACGGUGAGAUUUUGCAGUUUCUGUACGGAGAAGACGGAAUGGGAGCAGAGUACAUUGAGGACCAGUUCAUAGACCUGAUGCGACUGGACGACGAGGAGAUUCACCGCAGGUUUAGCCAUGACUUCAGGAGUGAGUCGUAUGGCCUGGGGUGGAUCAGCGAGGACAUAAGGAACGCAAUCCUGUCGGACUUUUCACAGCAGGUUAUUCUGGUUGAGGAAUUCCAGAAGCUGCUGGAUCUAAAGAAGAUGAUAUGCGAGGAGAUUUUCCCAGGAGGAGACUACUCCCAGCACCUGCCAAUCAACAUUAAGCGCAUUUUGGAGUACGCAACAACACAGUUUCCAGCAUCUUCAACCAGCAAGUUGAACCCAGUAGAAAUAGCACAACGCACCAGUAAACUGUUGGAAAGCCUAAUCAUAAUUAAUACAAGUGGACCAACUGAUAUAUUGUCUGAGGAGGCCCAACAGAACGCUACGAUACUGAUUAAGGCGCACCUGAGGUGCCAUCUGAACAGCAGGUAUCUGAUGGAGCAUGUGCAAAUCAGUAGUUUAGCCCUUGACUGGGUUUACGGUGAAGUUGAACGUUGCUUCUUCAGGGCCAUCGCAAACCCUGGAGAGUGUGUAGGUGCAAUUGCGGCGCAAUCCAUUGGUGAACCAGCAACUCAAAUGACGCUAAACACUUUCCAUUUCGCAGGUGUAUCCAGUAAAAAUGUGACUUUGGGUCUCCCCCGUCUCAAGGAGCUAAUUAACGUGGUAACGAAUGUGAGAACGCCCUCGCUCACGAUUUACCUAGACCCCUCAAUAAACAAGGACCAGGAACGAGCAAAAGAGAUGCAGACACUAUUGGAGUACACGAGCUUCGAGAAGAUUGUGCUGGGUUACACUGUGGUGUACGACCCUGUGGUUGACAGGACGAUAAUAAAAGAGGACUACGAAUGGGUUCGAGACUACUACGAGUUUCCAGACGAGGAAAUGGGAGCACUGGGCCAAUUUGUACUCCGCAUAGUACUCAACAGUAAGAUAAUGACUGAUAAGAGGCUGACGAUGAAGGAGGUGGGUGAGAUCAUAUACUCAGAGUUUUCUAACGGAGAAAUUGACGCAAUAUACACUGACGACAACAGCGAACUUUUAGUUAUGAGGAUCAGGGUAAAGUACGGAGGUGAAGGUGAAAAUUCAGGACCCUCUGACACUGAAGCAGACUUCCUCAACAAGUUCAUGACUGACGUACUCUGUGGGAUCAAGCUUCGAGGUGUCAAGGGAAUUACGAAAGUGUACAUGCGCGAGGAAAACUGUGUACGUUACAACAGCACAGUGGGCAGUUUUGAUAGAGUGUCUCAGUGGGUGUUGGACACAGACGGAUGUAACCUUGAAAGUGUACUCCCAAUCACCUGUGUAGAUUACACUAAAACAUUUAGCAAUGACGUGAGCGAGAUCUUCCACGUCUUUGGUAUCGAGGCAGCGAGACGUGCUCUUCUACGAGAAAUCAGAGCAGUCAUCUCAUUUGAUGGCGCAUACGUUAACUACCGUCACCUCUCACUCCUAUGUGACAUCAUGACCCAGAAGGGGUAUCUUAUGAGCAUCACAAGACAUGGAAUUAACAGAGCUGACAGAGGUCCUCUGAUAAAGUGCAGUUUCGAGGAGACACUUGAGACCCUUUUAACAGCAGCAGUUUUCGGUGAAGUAGAUCACCUCAAAGGAGUCACAGAAAACGUUAUAGUAGGUCAGCUCUCACCCUACGGCACAGGCGCUUUUGACAUCAUGAUCGACGAAGUUAAGCUCAGAGACGCAAACCAAACAAACGCAAUCAACGUAGCAGAUACUCUCGGACUCGUCUCACCAGACUCAUCACCACUAAGCCCGUCAACUCCAGCCACUAAGCAAACUAUGUCACCCAUGGCUUUUAGUCCAACCUACACCUCACUUAUGAUGUCUCCAGUAGGAGGCAUAGGCAUGGGCCCAAGCACUCCUGGGCUUAUGGUGGACACUUACGCUCUUGGAGGUAGCUUUAGUCCAACAAGCCCAACCAGUCCUAUGAGUCCUACAAGCCCAAUGAGUCCUACAAGUCCAAUGAGCCCAACAAGCGCAAUAUCACCAGUAUACUCCCCGGCAUAUUCUCCAACCAGUCCAAUGAGUCCAACUAGUCCAACAAGUGCAUUAAGUCCAACAUCGCCAGUAUACUCGCCCGCUUAUUCACCGACCAGUCCAACCAGCGCAAUGAGUCCUACGUCGCCAGUAUACUCACCGGCUUAUUCACCGACUAGUCCAAAUCUGGGAUAUGCUCCAACUUCACCAGUAUACUCACCUGCAUACUCACCGACUACCCCGAACUAUGGAUACUCUCCGACCAGUCCACUCAGUCCUACCUCACCGGCUUACAGUCCAACGGACCCAUUCUCACCAAACCCCUUCGAAGAUAUCGAUUAA